GUCAAAGCGGACGCCUCAGGUUCCUUCGCAGUUGGAAUUUCAAUAUUUUUCGUGACAAGGAUGAUCUCGCAGUCCCAUACAGAUGCACGGAUCGAGAGGGAAGGUUGAAUUGAAUUCGUGUGGUCCAAAGAAAGCACGAACUACCACGCAUCAAAACAACAGGAACGAACACUGCACACCGUGCAUAUCUGUGAUAUAUCUUUGUGUCCUUUCUACUCCCGACAGUUACCCAUUGGUACUUCUAGUCCCUCACAACCGUAACAAAGGGAGCAGCUCGCAGUCGCACAUGAGCAUACCCCACACACACCCACAAGGCUUCAUCUGGGUGUCGCUCGUGUGAUCUGUGAUUUCAUUUUUUUGUGCCUUUGCCUCGCUCUCAACUUCUUUCUCUUUGCUAGUUUAAUCACGCCUAUAAAAAAACCAAAAUGGGCUUCACCGGCAUUGUGCAAGACAUGGGCACCGUGUCCAAAUUGGAGCGCGCCAAGGAGGUUAAGCUCUGGGACGGCUCUAUUGGAAAUUCGUGCACGUUCACGAUAAAAGCCUCGGACAAGAUAAUAAGCGACAAAACCUAUGUGGGCGAAAGCAUAUGUGUGGAGGGCGUAUGUCUCACCGUUGUCUCAUUCGACCUGCCGAAGAAGUCGUUUCAGGUAUGGUUUGCGUCGCUCUGCUUGCCGCUGGAUGAACUACAAGGGCAUUGAUCUUCUAUCGACAGUACUCGGUAAUUGCGCGUAGCUGCCAAAGUGUCUAAUGCGACGGACACUUGUGAUAGGUUCCGAAACGAAAAUAACAAAUCUAGGUCCAAGCGGCAGGCCACACUCUGGACGUGACGAUGCUCGGCGAUCUGGUAGAAAACAGCCCGGUAAAUUUGGAAAAAGCCUGCACUGUCGGGCAAGAUAUAUCCGGACACGAUGUGCAGGGCCACGUGGAUGAUACUUUAACGAUACUCGCCAAGGAGCAGGAUAGGGACAACUUGUGGGUGACGUUCAAAAUGCCACACAAACUCCGACCCCUCAUCGUCGAGAAGGGUUACGUCGCGAUCGGCGGAGCUAGUUUGACUGUAUGCAAUGUGAAGAAGGAAAGUUUUCAGGUAGAUACUUUCUUACAUGUUCAUGCUUGUUAUCGCACUGUGAUAUCAUCUCUCUGAACAUUCCUCGAGGGAUUCCCUUUCACUGUCGUGUGUGCCGUCGGUAGAAAUAAGUACAACUAGUACAAGCACACCAAAACCUCCAAUUUGUGGCUUUCAACAACACUCCCAGGUAAUGCUGAUACCCCACACCGUGCAGGCCAUUACCCUGCCGAAAAAACCAGUAGGAGGGCGAGUAAAUGUGGAGGCGCACGUGAUAGGCAAAUACAUUCAAACGCAGCUAAAAGUGAUGCUGGAACAAGAAAUGCAAAGAACGAACUUGAUUGCCAUCGCCUCGCUCACUACGGCCGUCACUGCAGUGGCGCUUUCAAUAGCAGCGAACUACUAUGGCCGGACCGCGAGGUGAUACUAACUCCUGUUUGUGGUAGGCAACAAGCAACAAUGAAGCGGAACUGGCGACAAAAACAAUGACCGUAAAUUUCUACCGCCGAAUGGUCUACUUCGGUAGAUUUGUACGAUACUGUCAAGUUUAACACAGCAGGGCGUUUCUUUCAAGGAAAAAAAUUCUGGUGAUUGACGCCGGGCACUUUGCAUAGAUAGGGCAAAAGCAGAGUGUUCUGGUUUACCGCUGUUGCAGCUCCUCUCCUCGGAAAAAAGUUUUGGUGAAGUCUGCAGGAUUAGGAUUUUGCGGAGGCACCAAACCCAAACGGAAUCGACCAAGCCGUUCGGUCCAACUCUCUCGUAGAGUAGAUCAAACGUCGCUCCCAUGGCUCCAACUAGAUCUCAGUGACUGAUACUCAAUACGCAGUUUUAUUUGAUCAUUUGUUUGGUGGCUGUUCUCGCACUCACUACGCGAUCUGCUUUUUUUUUGCACUGACCUUGACAGAUCAGCCUUUUGCAGUGAAGUGAGCUAAGCUCCAGUUUGCGCUUUUCAUAAAGAAUAUCAUUCGGGUAUUUCGUUUUUCAAACACUAUAUUCGUCGAAUGUCGUUUGAGUUUGAUUUAUUUAGCGCCCAGUGAUAUUUAUUAGGUUUAGGCUGAGUCUUGAAGUACUCUUUUCCAGCGAGCAACUCACCCUAGCUAUGGCGGCGUUGUCACAGUCUAGUUCUGCGCUGAUGCACCAUGUGUGCAGACGAGGUCCUGUCGCUUCCCGCCAGCUCUCGUCAGCGCGCUCCUCCUCCCCGUGGACUGCACCAGGCAGAAUCGCACAUCGGGGCAUCCGCUCCAUGAGCUCGAAAGCGCUGAAAGUAGGCCACUACAUUGACGGCGCGGAAAGGUUCGGAGAGGGAGACACGUUUGUUUCCACAAAUCCGGCGACCGAUGAAGAGAUCGCCACAAUACAUGGUAGGUGUGAAGAGUUCAUCUCAGCUUGUUUUUCAUGAAACAUCGAUAGCAUCAAGUUCAAGUUCACAACUACUACAAUGCUCGCACCUGCUUAAAAACUCUAAACCCAAACUCAGAAACCACGCCCUCCGAAGUGUCCGACGCCGUGGAGUCUGCGCGCGCGGGCUUCAAGCAGUGGUCGAGCAUGACGGGCAUGGAAAGGAGCAAAGUGAUGCACCGGGCAGCGCAAAUCCUGCGGCAGAACAAGCAAGAAAUCUCGGUGAUGGAGACGAGAGACAGCGGGCACUGCAUCGCAGAAACGACGGCAGCGCAUGUGGAGGCGGGAAUAGAAACCCUGGAGUACUACGCCAACCUCGCAUCGUAUGGAAGCGUCAGGUUUGAAAUCGACAAAGUUGAAAUGAUUUCUCAUGCAUAAAAUGGAUACCAGUUGGAAGACCAAUUUCCAAGUGGCGCAUGACAAGUUUUCGGAGCACCGGAAUCCAAUUUGUCAUGCUGUUUGGGCACAGAAGACUGCUCUUGUCAUGCUCCUUUUGCAGCUCUAUCCCAAACCCUGAAUAGGCUCACAAUCUGCCUCACUUGCCAUCCUGGCAAGACAGACACUCUAUGCCUUGCAUUUUACGCAUCACAAACUAUUUCAACUUUGACGAUUUCAAUCCUGACAGAUCCAUACAUCGAGCGCGCACGAGGGAAAAAUCAUACCGCUGGCGCAUCCGAUAUGGAAGUGUCAGAAUCGAAAUUGACAAAAUCGAAAUGAUUUGUCAUGCAUAAAAUGGAUUCCAGUCCGAACCCAGUUUCUAAGUGGCGCAUCACAAAUUUUGGUGGUGCCUAAAUCCAGUUUGUAAUGCUGCUUAGGCAAAUAACACUGAUUCUCUCAUGCUGCCCUAGCAGCUCGAGCUAGAACCCCAAACAGACUUACAAUCGGCCUCACUUGCCUGCUCUGCAACACACGUAUUUCGCGUCAUGCAUUUUAUGCAUCACAAGUUUUUAUUCGAUUUUGCCAAUUUCGAUCCUGACAGUUCCAUAUCCGAUGAGGGAAUUUGGGUGGAAUUUCGUGGAAUUUCUCGGAGAAAAAAAAAUUCUCAGCGCCGGACAAGGAGCGUAGCUAACAGCCGUGCGGUCGCUGUGUGAAAGAUUUUUCCGCAGGGACAGCAGCCGGCGUGUUCUCUGGCGCAGGUUAUCGGGGUAGACUACCCGCUCGAGAGCUGUAGCUUUUUCGCCUGUUGCCCCUAUUCUGGCGCCCGGUAGUGCAAUGUGCCGCUUGGGUGUAGUGCCAUAUCGGAUAUUUGUGUCCCGGAUUUUGGAAGAGUUGUGUUGUCUUGGGUUGCUUCCGGGUGGGUCGCGACCUAGGUCGGAGGUCGUGUUAGUCCUCUGGGGCCCUUGUCGGACCCCACGCAUAUGGUAAUAUUGAAGGGGAGGCGCUGCAUGGCUUGCAAUUGUUAUUGUCCUGAGAGCCCGCGAAGCUUUAUCUUGGUGCGAGUUGGAUCUUACGCGCUCCCCCCGGGUAUCGUUUCUGGCCCAGGACACAAAAUCGGCGCACCUGGAAAAAAGGGCACGCCGAGAAUAAAAAAUACACAAAGAUGAACGGCUGGGAGCCAGGGCGAGAAAACAUCGCGCAGGUCUUCUACCCAGUGGGGCAAGGCAAAGGCAAUGUUGCCCGGGCGAGGGACGUAGUGCCUGCUGCCAAUUUUCGAGACGCAAAAUUCCACGAAAUUCCGCUUUUAGGUAUCUCAUCGAGCACGCACGAGGGAAAAAUCAUACCGCUGGAAAAUGUAUCAAGUGCAAAAAUGUCUGGGUCUGGAAACUUGUAAUGCUAAAAAUGAAUGAUAGACGCACUGCAAUACGCAGCUAUGCAUGACAAAUUUCUUGGCUGCCAUGUCUUACGUAUUCCGCAUGGCAAACUGCGUUUCUGCAUGACAGGUAAGAGGGCUUUUUCGUGCCUGUGCAACACAGAUUCCCGAGUCAUGCCAGACGAGCAUGACAAACUUGCAUUCUUCCAGACCCAGACAUUUUUACAUUUGAUAAAAUGGCAGUUUCGCGCAGUGCCUACGCGAGCCGUACGGCGUGUGCGCCGCCAUAGUAGCCUGGAACUACCCCUUCAACAUGGCGCUUUACAAAGCAAGCAUACUCUUGGCGGCAGGUGAUUUUUCAUGUUUUUUUCGUUAAACUUGACACAGUAUCUAUACCUGUUUUGGUUUAUCUAUCAUGCGCAACAACCUGCCGGGCAAUUUGCUCUCACCCGAAAUUAUCCACAGGCAACAGCAUCGUGAUGAAGCCGAGUUCUAAAACUCCGAUAAAUACCAUGGGCCUCGCGAGCUUGUUCACGGAAGCUGGGUUGCCUGACGGCGUUUUCAACGUGGUUCAAGGCGGCUCGGAGCAGGGUUCCGCGCUCUGCGAACACCCGGGCGUCGACAAGAUUUCCUUUACCGGCAGCACCCCCGUGGGACAAAAGAUUCUCAAAAUGGCGGCCAACACAAUCAAACCCUGCACGUUGGAACUGGGUGGCAAAUCGCCACUGAUCGUCUUCGAGGACGCGGACAUCAUCCCCGCUGUGAAAGCGGCCAUGAUCGCAAACUUUUACUCCGCCGGUGAGAUUUGCACCAACGGCACCAGGAUAUUCGUGCACGAGAACAUCUACGACGAGUUUCUGGCGGCGUUUAUCCAGCACUCCGACGCGCUCCGCGUAGGCGACCCGCAGGACCCGCAGACGCAGAUUGGCGCGCUGGUGGACGUGGGGCAUGCGGAUUCGGUACGUCCUACGUUGUACUAAGUUCGUUGUGGCCCUCUCUAAUUUGUAUCUUUUGGUUUGAUCAAUACCAAAAUAGAAUGCAUUGGAUCGCAGUUUUGGAUCUUAUACACUCGUAUCCACCACCACAGGUCCGCGACGCCAUCACCAAAGCCCAGCAGGAGGGCGCAACGCUGGUCACGGGUGGCAACGAGGCUCCCACGGGGCUGGCGCCGCACCUGAACCCCCUCGCGUUCAUGCGACCAACCAUUUUCGCGGAUGUGCAAGAUGACCACACAUUGGCGAAAGAAGAGGUUUUUGGCCCAGUAGCCUCGGUGUUCAAAUUUUCCGAUACCGAGGAGGUUCUCUUCCGUGCGAACAACACACCGUACGGCCUCGCGAGCGGUUUCUUCACCCGAGACCUGAAGCGCGCGCACUACGUCGCGAGCAAGCUGCAGAGCGGUAUCGUCUGGUGUAACACGUACAACAUUUACGCGCCCAACGUGCCCGUGGGCGGCUACAAGGAAAGCGGAUUCGGACGGGAAUUCGGCGAGGAAGCCUUGGACCACGCAAGUCACACAAAAUCCGUAUAUUUUGAGAUGAACCCAGCGGCGGGUGGGACGGAUUUCUGACCAAGGAUUUUUAUCGCAUAGACCGGUCGUUGAAAGGUAGAUGUAGACUGACAGGAGCUGAAGCACGUAAACUUCCUCGACGUCUAGUUGCCAAGUGAACGCGGUGGACAACUCCGAUGAAUUGUUAUUUGUGACGCCAGUGCCAUCGCGAGCGGCCAGCUUUUUGUUCUGAUUCGCCUACAGAUCAUACAAAAGGUGUUGCGAGGACAUGGUCAGAUGAUGCUUUUUCAGAUCCGCAAUUUGUGACUGAUU